AUGACAGAUCCCGGGCCCAGCAGGAAACGCCCCAAGCUCGAGGAGCCCGACGAGUCGGACACCGCAGCAGACUCGCCGGACGUCGACGAGAAGCCGUUCGUCAACCACCCCACGCUCUAUUUCGACGAUGGGAACGUCAUACUCACGACGGGACGCACCCUCUUCUGCGUGCACCGCUCGCUCCUCUCCAAGCACUCCCCCGUCUUCCGCGAGCUGUUCGAGCAGAAGCAUGAUCGCUUCCGGGGCCUCACCCAGAUUACGAUGGAGGAGACGCGCGAGGACCUAGAGGCGUUGCUUGGCGUGAUAUACGACGGCCUGCGCUACGACGUGCAAGACCUGACCGUCGAGACGUUCCCCACGCUCGCGACGCUCCUCCGUAUGUCGAAGCAGUACGAAGUCGAGAAGCCCGCCGAGGACAUCGUCGCGCGCAUCCGCGCCGAGUGGCCCGCCACCCUCGCGCAGCACGACGCCAAAGAGGCCAAGCUCAGAGCGGAGCGCGCC